CACCAACCGAAACAAACACGUGGAUUGCAAAGGGAUCCUUCCGAAUACGCACGGUGGAGCCGGUUUAAGCAGUGGAAACAACGGAAUUCUGACCACAAGAAACUGUUUAAAUAUAGGAGUUGUGUUUUCGAGAAUAAACAACCGAGAAGUUUCCGCAGAUUUCAAAAUGAGUGACCUGGAGGAGGAUUUUUCCAAGAUUUUAAUGUCGAAGGAGGAGAAAAUACGAGACUUGGAGAUGCGUCUGGCGGACAGGGAGGAUGAGAUCCAAGAACUGAAGAGGAAACUGCACAAAUGUCAGUCCGUUUUGCCCAGCGCCCAACUUAUUGGACCGAGGACCAGGACUCGGGCGCAAGGGAUCUCGGCGGAGCCUCAAAACUACCAAGACCUGUCGAGGCAAGCCUUUCAGAAAUAUGACAAGUCCGACUGGUCCAAAGACCUGAUCAAGGAGGCCAUCUUGGACAAUGACUUCAUGAAGAACCUGGAGCUGUCUCAGAUCCAGGAGAUCGUGGACUGCAUGUACCCUGUGGAGUAUGGCAAAGACAGCUGCAUCAUCAAGGAGGGCGAUGUGGGCUCACUGGUCUACGUCAUGGAAGAUGGUAGGGUGGAGGUGACAAAGGAGAGUGUGAAGCUGUGCACAAUGGGACCUGGGAAGGUGUUUGGAGAGCUGGCCAUCCUCUACAACUGUACUAGGACAGCAACCAUCAAGACUCUCACCAAUGUGAAGUUAUGGGCCAUCGACCGACAAUGCUUUCAGACUAUUAUGAUGAGGACGGGCCUAAUCAAGCACACUGAAUACAUGGAGUUUUUAAAAAGCGUUCCGACGUUUCAUGAACUUCCGGAGGAGAUUCUAAGCAAGCUAGCUGAUGUCCUUGAAGAGACACACUAUGAGAAUGGAGAGUACAUCAUCAGACAGGGAGCCACAGGAGACACCUUCUUUAUCAUCAGUAAGGGAAUGGUGAAUGUGACCAGGGAAGACAAGUCCAACGGGGAUCCUGUCUACCUCCGCAGCAUGGGGAAAGGAGACUGGUUUGGAGAGAAGGCCCUGCAGGGGGAGGACAUCAGGACAGCAAACGUCAUCGCUGCAGAGACCGUGACAUGUCUGGUCAUUGACAGAGACUCGUUCAAGCACCUGAUUGGAGGGUUGGAGGAGGUGUCCAGUAAAGGCUGCGAGGAUGCUGAGGUCAAGGCGAGGUACGAAGCAGAGAAUUCUUUCUUCUCCAACCUCAAUCUGGUUGACUUCAACAUCAUCGACACACUGGGGGUUGGUGGCUUUGGCCGUGUAGAGCUGGUUCAGCUGAAAAGUGAUGAGGUGAAGACGUUUGCCAUGAAGAUCCUGAAGAAGCGUCACAUUGUGGACACGCGACAGCAAGAGCAUAUCCGCUCUGAGAAACUCAUCAUGCAGGAGGCCCACUCUGACUUCAUUGUCAGACUGUACAGGACGUUUAAGGACAGUAAGUACCUCUACAUGCUGAUGGAGGCUUGUCUGGGAGGAGAGCUGUGGACCAUUCUUAGAGACCGGGGUUCGUUUGAGGAUUCAACCACAAGGUUCUACACAGCGUGUGUGGUGGAAGCAUUCGCCUACCUACAUUCCAAAGGCAUCAUCUACAGAGACCUUAAACCAGAGAACCUUAUACUGGACCACAAGGGCUAUGCCAAGCUAGUGGACUUUGGCUUUGCCAAGAAGAUCGAGUUUGGGAAGAAAACGUGGACGUUCUGUGGAACACCAGAAUACGUGGCACCAGAGAUCAUUCUGAACAAAGGCCAUGACAUUUCAGCUGACUACUGGUCUCUAGGAAUCCUCAUGUUUGAGCUCCUCACCGGCAGCCCUCCCUUCUCUGGCCCUGAUCCCAUGAAGACCUAUAACAUCAUCCUGAGGGGCAUUGACAUGAUCGAAUUUCCAAAGAAGAUCACCAAAAACGCUGCCAACUUAAUAAAAAAACUAUGCAGGGACAAUCCUUCGGAAAGACUAGGAAACUUGAAAAACGGUGUCAAAGACAUCCAAAAGCACAAAUGGUUUGAGGGCUUUAACUGGGAAGGUCUAAGAAAAGGAACGCUGACACCCCCUAUCAUCCCUAAUGUGAUAUCACCAAUGGACACGAGUAACUUUGACAACUUCCCAGAGGACAAGGAAGACCCACCCCCAGAUGACAAUUCUGGCUGGGACAACGAUUUUUAAAAUGUCACCCCCACCCCUACCCACAAAACCAAAUUCUCUUAUGUCAUUGGCCUGGACGCCGACUUCAGGAUAUAGCUGAAUUCUAAAGACUGUGGAGAGUGGAGAGAGGGGAAGUGGAGAGGGGAGGAGAGGAAGAGGACAAAAAAACGCCCUGGGUCAGCAAUAUGUCUUUGCUACAUGUGGCUCUGGCACUAGCAUGUAAUGACCAUAGUACUUUCUCAGGGUUCUCACACAUAUGCACAUGCAAGCAAAUACACAAACACACACACACACUCGCACACGCACACACACACACACACACACACACACACACACACACACACACACACACACACACACACACACACACAUACACACCAAACCAAACUCACACAGAAACACACGAGGCAAGUCCUGGAGCAAAAACAAUGCCUAUUUAUUUAGCAGAGAGGGUGUGUGAGAAUGAGAGUAUGUACAAUAUACAUCCCAAAAUAAAGGAAACACCAACAUAAAGUGUCUUAAUAGGGUGUUGGUCUACAACAAGCCAGAACAGCUUCAAUGCACCUUGGCAUUGAUUCCACAAGUGUCUGUUGGAGGGAUGUGACAUCAUUCUUCUACGAAAAAUUCCAUAAUAUGGGGUUUUGUUGAUGGUGGUGGAAAAUGCUCCAGAAUCUCACAUAAGUGUUCAAUUGCGUUGAGAUCUGGUGACUGAGACAACCAUGUCCCGAGUGGCGCAGCGGUCUAAGGCACUGCAUCUCAGUGCUAGAGGUGUCACUACAGUCACCCAGGUUAGAAUCCAGGCUGUAUCACAACCGGACGUGAUUGGGAGUCCCAUAGGGCGGUGCACAAUUGGCCGAGCGUCGUCCGUGUUUGGCAGGUGUAGGCCAUCAUUGUAAAUAAGAAUUUGUUCUUAACUGACUUGCCUAGCUAAAUAAAAAUACAUAAAUAUAGUUUACAUCAUUUUCAUGCUUAUCAAACCAGUCAAUGACCACUCAUGCCCUGUGGCAUAGCCAUGGUCUGCAAAAUAAUGUCCUCCCCAGCAUUUAUAUACAUGACCCUAAGCAUGAUGGGAUUUUAAUUGCUUAAUUAUCUCAGGGACCACACCUGUGUGGAAGCACCUGGUUUCAAUAUACUUUGCAUCCUUCAUUUAUUCAAGUGUUCCCAUUAUUUUGUCAGUAACUUGUAUAUGAGAGUAUGUGAGUGUAAGAACACUACAAGAACCUUUAAAACAAGUCAAAUGUAGUAUAGGGUGGAAGAUUAGUUUUCUGUUGCUGCCACGUAGCUGCACUGCUCCUAAAAGGUUGGACAGACAGACUAGCUGGGCAGGCUGGGUCCAUGUUUGGAAGGCUUUCUCUCUGCACCCUGUUUUCUCAAAAGACUCCUAUUACUGUAGCUGGUCCACAAGGUUUGGCUUACCUACAGUACAACACUGGUAUGUGGGCCUCCUCAAUAGGGAAACAGGAUCUUACCACUGAGCCUGACAAGUCAAACAGGUACCAAGUGCUCAUGAUGAACCUGAAUGUUACUGUUCUUAAUAUUACUUUUAGACACAGACAGAGUAUAGUGCCUUGCAGAAGUUUUCAUCCCCUUGGCGUUAUUCCUAUUUUGUUGCAUUACAACCUGUGGAUUUUUAUUUGGAUUUCAUGUAAUGGACAUACACAAAAUAGUCCAAAUCGGUGAACUGAAAUGAAAAAAAUAACUUGUUAAAAAAAUUCAAAAUGGAAAAGUUGUGCAUGCAUAUGUACUCACCCCCUUUCCUAUGAAUCCCCUAACUUCAGAGGUCACAUAAUUAGUUAAAUAAAGUCCACCUGUGUGCAAUCUAAUCUAUAUACACCUGUUCUGAAAGGCCCCAGAUUCCACAACACCACUAAACAAGGGGCCCCACCAAGCAAGUGGCACCAUGAAGACCAAGGAGCUCUCCAAACAGGUCAGGGACAAAGUACAGUACAGAUCAGGGUUGGUUUAUAAAAAAACAUCAGAAUCUUUGAACAUCCCACUUUGCACCAUUAAAUCCAUUAUUCAUAUAUGGAAAGAUUAUGGCACCACACCAAACCAGUCAAGAGAGGGCCACCCACCAAAACUCAUGGAACAAGCAAUGAGGGAAUUAAUCAGAGAGGCAACAAAGAGACCAAAGAUAACCCUGCUGCAAAGCUCCAGAUCGGAGAUUGGAGUAUCUGUCCUUAGGACCACUUCAAGAUGUACACUCCACAGAGCUGGGCUGUACGGAAGAGUGGCCAGAAAAAAUCCAUUGCUUAAAGAAGAAAAUAAGCAAACACGUUUGGUGUUUGCCAUAAGGCAUGUGGGAGACUCUCCAAACAUAUGGAAGAAGGUACUCUGGUCAGAUGAGACAAAAUUGAGCUUUUUGGCCAUCAAGUAAAAUAUUAUAUCUGGCGCAAACCCAACACCUCUCAUCACCCCGAGAACACCAUCUCCACAGUGAAGCAUGGUGGUGGCAGCAUCAUGCUGUGGGGAUGUUUUUCAUCAGCAGGGACUGAGAAACUUGUCAGAAUUGAAGGAAUGAUGGAUGGCGCUAAAUACAGGGACAUUUUUGAUGGGAAACCUGUAUCAGUCUUCCAGAGAUUUGAGACUGGGAUGGAGGUUCACCUUCCAGCAUGACAAUGACCCUAAGCAUCCUCCUAAAGCAACACUCAAGUGGUUUAAGGGGAAACAUGUAAAUGUCUUGGAAUGGCCUAGUCAAAGCCCAGACCUCAAUCCAAUUGAGAAUAUGUGGUAUGACUUAGAGAUUGCUGUACACCAGUGGAAGCCAUCCAACUUUAAGGAGCUGGAGCAGUUUUGCAUUGAAGAAUGGGCAAUAAUCUAAGUGGCUAGAUGUGCCAAGCUCUAUAGAGACAUACCCCAGGACUUGCAGCUGUAAUCACUGCAAAAGAUGGCUCUACAAUUGAUUGACUUUGGGGGAGGGUGAAAAGUUAUGCACACUCAAGUUUUCAGUUUUUUUGUCUUAUUUCUUGAUUGUUUCACAAUAAAAAAUAUUUUGCAUCUGCAAAGUGGUAGGCAUUUGUGUAAAUUUGUGUAACUUUGUGCAUUUGUGUAAAUCAAAUGAUACAACCCCCCCAAAAAGGCAACAAAAUAGGAAAAAUGCCAAGGGGAGUGAAUACUUUCGCAAGCCAGUGUAUAUGUACACAUUAUAUGAAGUUACAAUCUCACACAUACACAGCUGCUACACCCAUCUACUUUACUCAUUCAUGUACAAUGUAUAUAACAGCUACUGUACUUACCUUAAAAAACACAAUUUCUGUUCUGUGUUUCUGAUAGAAAAAUUGUGACCUUUCACAUAUUAAUUCUUCAUUUCUUGAAAUCAAUUUGUAAUUACGCAGUUAUGAACUAAUUUAACCAACAACAAUAACUAAGAUACUCAGAUCAACUUUUAUUUCACAGGCAUAGGACGAAUAGUCAAUAAAGAUGUAAUUUAAACGUCCACUACAUUUGUUUUAUGCUUAACUACACAUCAACCUUAUGUAUUGCAAAUGUCUGACAUCCUCAUCCUCUGAGUUGCUCUGUCAUCAUGUAGCUGCUAACCAAUCAAUAUAAAUACCAUCCCUUCAAUUGGGUAAGUCAUAUUUUCCCUCCACAAUAGUUUAAUUUACCACUUUUAAUGGGGUUUUAAUGCCUUCAGUGCUGUCGUUUCUACUGUACUGUAAAUAUAGAUGCUGUAUUAAAUAUGAAUGGAUACAA